GCUAUCCAAAAGCGGUGGAAGCCCCACCUUUUGUGUUUCCCGCACCGUCAAUCAAAAAUAGGAAAAAAAAAAUCGACUCGAAUCAGCGAUCGCAGCCCGCCUUUGAUUAAAAUAAUCAUGUUAGGCGUUUAAAAUAAAUCGAGAAUUCUUCCGAUUUAAGCCAUUUUUCGCUAUGACUGGUACGUAAUAUUUAAACUGAUUCAAAAACAAAAAGCCAAAAAACAGCAUCACCGCUCCAGAAAAGCCAGUGAAACAAGAGGAAAUGGCUGCCUUAGACGUGGACAGCAGUCAGAGCGAGUAUCUGCAGCACAGCAGCGGCGCAGGAAACCAGGACACUCAGCCGUCACCGCUCGCUCUGCUGGCAGCUACCUGCAGCAAGAUCGGGUCGCCAUCGCCAGAGGAGGAGAGCAGUGCUGACGCUGGCGUGUCUGGGGAUCUGUCUUCUGUGCAGUUAACAGGAGCACCAAAUAGAUGGGAGGUUUUGACUCCCACAACCACGAUAAAAGAAGAGCCAGGCCUUGUGCAGAUUCCGAAUACAGGGAUUGUAACUUCAAAUGGACAGUAUGUUCUUCCAUUGCAGAGUUUGCAAAACCAGCAGAUUUUUGUGACUUCAGGAACAGAUGCAUCUUCAAGUGGGGUGCCUAAUAUUCAAUAUCAAGUGAUCCCUCAGAUCCACACCUCUGAUGGACAGCAGGUGCAGCUGGGUUUUUCUGCAUCCACAGUUGAUGGCACAUCUUUAAGUCAUGAUGCUUCUGGUCAGAUUCAGAUCAUGCCAGGGACUAACCAGAGUAUAACCUCGGCUGGAACGUCGUCCGCCAACAUCCUGACCAACACACAAAACCUUAUAUCACAGACUGGUAACAUACACCAGCCAGAUGGCUCCGUACAGAUCCAAGGAGUUUCCCUCAGUGGGUCUGCCUAUAACAGUCAAGGUCAAGUUGUCACUAAUGUGCCUGUUGGAUUGCCUGGGAAUAUUACCUUUGUACCCAUCAAUAGUGUGGAUUUGGAUUCCCUUGGUCUGUCGGGGGCAGCACAGGCAAUUGCUGCUGGAGUUACUUCAGAUGGUCAUUUGAUAAAUGUUCCUAUGGCAGGACAGCAUAUGGAUAACCCUGAAAAUUCUGAAAAGACUGGUGAUCAUAUUUCACAAACACUAUCUGCAAAUGAAUCCAACACUAACCAAGAAAUGUUUGUGCCAACGUCCUCAUCUUCCCAGAUGCACAACACGAUAGACAGUGCAGGUGUACUUCAACAAUCGGCAAGUUCUUCAGCCAGUGAUCAGGUAGAUGCCUCAAACCUUCAGGGAAACUACAUUCAGACUCCACUCACCGAUCAGUCCCAGGUGCAUAACAUUCAGGUCUCGACAGCACAACCCAUAAUUCAGCUUCAGCAAGUCCAGUCAAACACCACUAGUGAAGCUCAGAUUGUUCAAGGCAUCACGCAGCAGCAGCUCCAGGGAGUCCAGGCUGCUGGUCAGACCAUUUGUCCACAGGCUUUGCAGAAUUUGCAGCUUCUGAACCCAGGAACCUUUCUAAUCCAGGCACAGACUCUCACUCCCUCUGGGCAGAUCCAGUGGCACACAUUUCAAGUGCAGGGAGUUCAAAAUCUGCAGAACUUGCAGAUCCAAAAUACAGGUGCACAGCAGAUCACAUUGGCACCUGUACAAACUCUGUCUCUUGGUCAGGGUGGAGCCCUUGGGUCAACGCCGGUGAGCAUAGGCACUGGCCAGAUACCAAAUUUGCAGACCGUGACGGUGAAUUCCAUUGGUUCCUCCGGAAUUCAGUUCCAUCAAACAGAAGAUAACAGCAGUCCAGCAGAUAUUCAAAUAAAAGAAGAACCUGACUCGGAGGAGUGGCAGCUGGGCAGUGACUCAACUCUCAACACAAGCGACCUUUCUCACCUGAGGGUGCAAGUGGUAGAUGAGGAUGCUGACCAACAGACCCCCGAAGGAAAGCGUCUGCGGCGAGUGGCGUGCACUUGUCCGAACUGCAAAGAGGCAGGAGGAAGAGGUUCUAAUUUAGGAAAGAAAAAGCAACACAUUUGCCACAUUCCUGGCUGUGGAAAAGUUUAUGGGAAGACAUCACACCUGAGGGCUCACUUACGUUGGCACUCUGGCGAGCGGCCCUUUGUAUGUACUUGGAUGUUUUGCGGAAAAAGGUUUACCCGAAGUGAUGAGUUACAGCGACACAGAAGAACACACACAGGGGAGAAGAAGUUUGUCUGUCCAGAGUGCUCCAAGCGUUUUAUGCGAAGUGAUCAUCUUGCCAAGCAUAUUAAAACCCAUCAAAACAAAAAGGGCAUUAACUCCAGUGGCACGGUGAUGGCUGCAGUGGACACAGCCACACCCUCAGAUAACAUUAUUACAGCCGGAGGAACGACCCUAAUCCUAACUAACAUCCAACAAGGCUCGGUGCCAGGAAUUGGGACUGUGAAUUCAGCAAACUCCAGUGCUCAAGAGAUUCUUUCCAACUCUGAAAUACCUUUGCAGCUUGUAACAGUUGCUGCCAGCGAAGUGAUGGAGUAAAGCUGAAAAAUUUGGACAUGAACCUCUUUCUUGGUCGUGGUUUUUUUAUAUAUAUAUAUAUAUAUAUAUAUUUUAAAAAAAAUAAAGAAUUAUCAAUUUAUGUUCUUUAGCAGUCUUUUUACGGAUGGGCAAAAAAUGACAAUGUGGUUAACAAUACACACACUGAAAUGCCUUAUUUUGUAUCAUAUUCUGUAGUGUAAAAUGGCGGAGUUGCAUGUGGUUUUAGCUACUGUUCAUGUGUAAUAGUUCUGAAAUUGUAUUUCUGUAAUAUGAAAAGAAAGGUACAAGAGCAGAAUAAAUUGGCAUUUUUGUUUCUGUCAGCUAAAACUAUAUAUUAAAGAACUUUGUAGAUGUGCGUAUUCUGCAAUUUAAAGAAGGAGAAGCUUGUAAAAUUCAAGGAGUGUCUUGCUGCACAUGGUCAGUAUGGUCAGUCCACCUAAAUCAAGCAAACUGGGGACUCUUCUGCAUCUGUCCUCUUGUGUGUGUCAUGGACCUUACAGUACUGGAGUGUGCUAGCAGUCCAAAUGUGUCAUAUCUACAUUAAGCUGCUUUCUUGCACUUCUGUUGUGUUUUUUUUUUUUUGGUGUGGGGGGAUGUCAUUUAUAUUUUAUUUUCAAAAGGUAAAUUGAUUUAAACCAGCAAUUCUUUUCAGACAUUUGCCACAUGAUGAUUGCAAAUUGAACUUGUAUGCAGAAGGCAAAAAAGCAAAACCCCAAUCAUGUAUUUAAAUGUUUUUGUAUUUCUUUUUCCUGUGUAAUUCUGUUAAUCUGAUGUUUAUUAUGCAUACACUUUCAAAUCAAGUUUUUUGAGCAAAAGCUAUUUAUAGUAGGCUUUACUUAGUACUGGUUUUGUUGUAUCAAAAACUCGUUAUUUUAAUUACAUUUUAAAUAUGUACAAAUAUUAAAUGUGUGUUACUUUUGUAAACAUUCAUUUUCAAAUGGAACUCCAAUUAAACUCUGAAUCCUUUAUAUAUAAAUAUAUAUAUAUAUAAAUAUAAAAAGCCAUGUUAAAGGUUUAAGUUGCCAAAUUUUGUUUUAUUUUUGUAACAACUGUCAUGCAAUAAGUCCGAUUACAAGGUAGCACAACCAUCAUUUUUUUUGCGGCGUUUGUAGGAUGACACAUGUUUGUUAUUGUAAACAAUAAAGAUAUAUCAUGUGAUGGACCAAAAGAAGACAAUAAUUAUGCAGGCCACCAUUUCUUAAAUUCUGUGUUGAGAAUAUUUCUAUGUCAAAGUCUUAAAGAGAAUUUGUUUGCUAAGUAAGCUGUAAGCUGUUCAGCAGUUGCUGGAUGAUAGGAAUCCUUUAUAGUUGUGACAAUGCUUCCAGCAUUAUGAUGUCACUGAACAAGGUAAAUACAGUUACUUUUUUUUAAAAUAUAGAAAAAAAACAUAUUUAUUGUUUGUGCUGUAUGUUUACUAAUCAUCCUGAAUUUAAUAACUUUUUCUUUUGUACAAAAGUCAAAUUUCUUUUGAUACUACCCUGGAAAGUGUUUGUAGUAUGUGCAGCUCUUGUUUAAAAACCUGUAUCUCCAACCCCUAUCCCCUCCUUUCCCUUCAUGUGCUAUUGUUUUUACCGUCCAUUAUAAUGACCGUGUCUUGAAUUUGGGAGUGCUAUACGGUCACACCGCUGGGGUCCACCUUCGGUAGAUUGAUUUUUAUUUUUCUCCCAUCCAAAAUUUCCUUAAAAAGUUUAAAAAGGUCUUUGGCAGUAGUUCAAAAUAUUGUAACUGUUAGGGCCACAACCGAAUUAGACAUUACCUUGAUGUAUUUGACAUAUAUUAUAACAAAGUGGUCAUUAAUAAAACACUAUUUUGACUUUUGA